AUGCGCAUCGCUUCCACCGCAGCGGUCGCUGCUGCCGCGGGCACGCUCCUCGCCCAGAUCCCCUCCGCCCUCGCCGUGCCGCACCAGCAGAGCCUGUACAACGGCUACAACGGCCUUUCCACUCCCGCGGCCGAGUUCUACGACGAUAGCAUCCCCGCUCGCGUUCAGCACAGUGUCUGGUCCUCGCUCACCUCGUUCUUUGGUCAGUCGCACAACCCCGUUCAGGUCAUCAAGAAUGCGCCCGGUGUCAAGAUGCUCGACUCGGGCUUCCCCACCGCCGACAUCGAUAGCAUUGCCGCCCCUCGAUUUGUGCUGUACGGCGACGAGGAUGUUCCGGGCCAAUCCUACGGUGCGCCACCUUACUACAACAUCUCCGGCUUCAACGUCUUCAACCUCGCCUUCUGGACGGUCAAGUUCGGCGUGGCUGAUAACGCCGCCAAGUUUGCCGCCAAGAGCGACGCCGACAAGAAGUGGUUCAAAUCGCGCUACGCCGGUGCCGGGAUGAAGCUCAUGGUCUCCGUGUUCGGCGCGACGGAUACCCCCCAGAGUCUCGGCAAGGACCCAAUCGAACUCGGUCGCACCAUCGCUGCUUUCGUCAAGAAGAAUGGCCUCGAUGGCGUCGACGUCGACUACGAGGAGAUGGAUCUGUUCGCCCAGGGCAAGUCGGCCGACUGGUUGAUUAAGCUCACCAAGAGUCUCCGAAAGAAUUUGCCCAGCCCCGACUACAUCAUCACCCACGCUCCCGUCGCACCUUGGUUCAACACGGCCAUGUAUCCUCAAGGAUACACCUACAUCCACCAACAAGUAGGAAACUUGAUCGAUUGGUAUAACCUGCAGACGUAUAACCAACAGAAUUAUGAUACGUGCGAUUCGCUCAUCUGGAACUCAGGCGACAACUUCCCCUUGACGAGCUUGUUCGAGAUCAAUAAGUACUCCGGCGUCCCGCUAGACAAGCUUGUGAUUGGUAAGCCUGCAGUGGCCGGUGACGCGGACAACGGGUUCAUGAAGCCCUCGGUGCUCGGUGGCUGCCUCAACAUUGCCGUUCAGAACGGCUGGAACGCGGGCGCCAUGUUCUGGGAGUACCCGCACAUGACACCCAACCGCCUGAGCGUCAUCACCGACGCUGCUGGUCUCAGCUAG